AUGUUCAUUCUGCAGUGGGUUUGUUUUGUGGGCCUUCUUGGGGCAGCCCUUGCCUCGCCACGCAAAUCGCUCGCCAAAAAAAGCACUGUCAGUGAGAUUCUGACGGAUAUCGAAGAUGCGGCCACCUGUACAGCAUGCGAGGCUCUUCUCGAUGUGUUGCAGGCUUUGGCUCAUUUGGGGAAUGACGAUUUUGUUGAUGUGAUUACUGAAGUCUGCAUUUUGGCCGGGGUGGAGGAUGAAGAUGUCUGUGAGGGUGCGAUCUCGCGCGAAGGGCCCAUCCUUGCUCAUGAUCUUCGCAAUAUGGACAUACCAUCUACGACCGCAACUCUUCUCUGUAGCACCGUCUUCGGGCUGUGCGACUACCCGGAUGUUACGGAAUAUGCAGUGGAAUUUCCGACCCCGAAGCCAUCCAAUGCGUCACGGCCGGCAUCCAGUGGAGAAACUCCUAUUCAAGUCGUCCAUAUCAGCGAUAUUCACGUUGACCUCUCGUAUGAGACCGGUGCCAAUUACAACUGUACCAAAAAUAUUUGCUGUCGCCCGUACACAUCCGCCGAUGAACCCGGCAAUACUAGCUACCCAGCUGGAGGGUACGGAAAUCACAACUGCGAUGCCCCCCUCACUCUAGAGGAGAGUAUGUAUGAAGCGAUCGCAAGCUUGGUCCCCGAUGCUUCGUUCACCAUUUUCACGGGGGAUGUUGUCGAAGGAGCAGUUUGGCUUGUCAAUGAGACUGAAGUGACCAACGAUUUAAACGAUGCAUACAACAAGCGAAUGCCAUCCUACCUCGAUCUGGUCUAUGGUGUGAUUGGAAAUCAUGAUGCCGCCCCGGUCAACUCUUUCCCGCCGUCGGACAUCGACACUACCAUCUCCAGUCAAUGGGCAUACGAUACUCUUUCUUCUGACUGGACCCAGUGGAUUGGAUCGACUGCCGCUACCGCGGCUGAUGAUUAUGGUGCCUACUCCGUCAUGUACCCGAGUGGUAAUCUGCGGAUCAUCUCAUUCAAUACCAACUUCUAUUACAAGGAGAAUUUCUGGCUUUACGAGAAGACCAUGAAGUCAGAUCCAAACGGGCAACUGGCUUGGCUAGUCACCGAGCUUGACGCUGCAGAAACUGCGGGCGAGCGUGUAUGGCUUCUAGGACACAUGCCUAUGGGUGCUGGUGAUGCAUUCCACGAUGGGUCCAACUAUUUUAACCAGAUCAUUCAGCGCUAUGACGCGACCAUCGCUGCAGUUUUCUACGGUCACACUCACAAGGAUGAGUUUGAGAUUGCCUAUUCAAACUAUGCUGCCCAAUCCGCUAACACUGCCACUAUGAUGUCCUACAUUGCUCCGGCUUUGACCCCAACCUCCGGCAACCCGACCUUCCGUGUUUACUCGGUUGACCCGGUGACUUUCGGUGUGCUGGAUUUCACUGUAUACAUUGCCAACAUGUCAAGCUCAACGUACCAGACCAAGCCGACUUGGGAAAAAUACUACUCUGCGAAGGAGACUUAUGGUACACUCCUGAGCCCGGCUGUCACCGACAGCGCUGCCGAGCUCACGCCUGCAUUCUGGCAUAAUGUCACCGCGAUAUUCGAGGAUGACGAUUCGGUUUUCCAGGAUUACAUUGCUCGCAAGAGCCGAGGAUGGGAUGUGUCAUCUUGCACAGGCGACUGCAAGACAGAGGAAAUUUGUCAACUUCGCGCAGCCGAGUCGCAGUACAACUGCGUGACAGUUUCACCAGGAAUCAAUUUCAAAAAGAUGAAGCGUUCUUCCAGUGGUGCAGUGAAGCAGGAGACCGGAUGCGGAGAGUCGGUCAUUGGAGCCAUGUUCUCAAAUUUCGAAGCGAGCGUUUCGGCGCUCAAAACAUCCGCAUCGUCGAAGCUAGGACUGAGUUUCCUUAACAGCACGGUGAACACCACCGUCGCAUAA